CAAAGCUAGUAAUCACCUCUUAAUUUCUGUUAUUCUUAUAAACCUGAAUUUUCAUGUAGGGCACAUUUAUUCAACAAAUUAUUGAGUGCUUUUUGUGUGCCAGACACUGUGGUAAGCACUUGGAAUAGAGUAGUAAGCAGAAAAAACAUACCUGUCCUUAAUGUAGGGUGCAUCCUUACUGUUAAGAAGACAAUGACAGUUGCCCAGAACCCCAUGAUUGAAGACAGUUAUGAAGCUAUGUCUGAGGAAUCUUGAUUUGGAAGGAUCUUUGAUUUAGACUUUUCCUGACAACCUGGUUCAAGUAAAUGCUUUGAAGUUCAGAACCCUAAACAACCAUUCUCUAUGGGUCUGAUGAAAAGAAUAUAUGAUAUAAUUGGCGGUAUCCUCCUGAUGUCUUUCUAAUGUAAUGUCGAAUUAUGAUUGCAGAGCCCUUUCCUCAACAUGAAAUUUUGCCUAAUUUUUUGUCUUAGGAUAUUUCCCAAUGUUUCUAGGGUCCACACCUCCAUAAGACAUGUGCUAGAGGCAUGAUUCAGAGGCUCCUAAGACCUUGAGGAUUCAGAGCUGUUGUGAGGACAUCAGCAGGCAAGCCCUGCUUCGGUUACUAGAUUCCAUCUGGACUGGGUAGGAAAGAAGAAAUGCCACUUUCCUGGCAUUAUCAAUGAAGUUAAUGGAAGAGCAGAGAAUUUCUGGAAGUUCUGAAAAGGCUUUGAGGCUUGUGGCAAUCUACCAUAGCUCAAACUUGAGGAGACCACCUUUCAUAAGAUGGAUUGAAAUACAAUACCUGCACUGAAAGACUUUUUUUGCUCCUGCUUUUGGGUUGGCUAUGGGACUUGCAUCAUCUGGCUGAAUUGGACCAGCAGUUCAGGGGAUGAAGAGAGGUCCCUGCUGCUUCUCAGUCACAUGGCAUGGCAGAAAUUUUCAGCCUUCUGAAUCUUCCAAGGAAUGGUCAAGUGGCACUUAGCUAGAUAAAUGUUUACUAGAGGCAUCUCUUAAAGGGUUUUCCACCAAAGGUAAGUCUUUUUCUUUUUCUACUUACUCUAUACUCCAGCAAUAUCUCCCUACAGAUUAGUAAGAUGAAUGUGUCCACAGUUAGGUGUAUACCUGUCUUUAAAGAAAAAAGAUGUCUGUCAGUUACACUGCUAUGACCUCAGGUUCCAGAAUAUUAAGGGAACAUUCUUUCAAGAGAUGUUUCACUUUGGACUAAUCCUAAGUUUAGAAACCAGCUUAUUGCCAAAGGGAAAAAGGAUAGCCCAAGGGACAAGAAAACACUUCUCACUAUGAAUUGGUUUGGAAGUAACUUCUUCAAGUGUCCUGAGGAUCUUUCGUUACUCAACAUAUACUCACCUCUGUUGUCACACAUGUCAUCUGAAGAUGAACAAUAUUUUAUUUCCAACUUGAGGGGCCAUGUACCAGCCAGCGCUGUGGUGAAGCAGCCUGUUCGGGGAGCCAGUGGCAGGACGACAAUCACAGCAAUUGUCCAGACUGGCGGGGGCUGGAGCACCGGACUCUUCAGUGUCUGCAGAGAUAGGAGAAUUUGUUUCUGUGGUCUAUUCUGUCCUAUGUGUCUUGAGUGUGACAUCGCCAGGCAUUAUGGAGAGUGUCUUUGUUGGCCAUUGUUACCUGGGUCCACCUUUGCACUGAGAAUUGGCACCAGGGAGAGACAUAAAAUACAGGGCACACUGUGUGAAGACUGGCUGGCGGUGCACUGCUGUUGGCCUUUUGCCAUCUGCCAGGUGGCCCGGGAACUCAAGAUGAGGACCUCCCGAGUCUAUGAAAUCUGUGCAGUCCCAGUGACUAAGGACACCCUGGUUUGACAGAGCAAGAUAACUCCUCCUCCUUACUCCCCAACACCCUCCUCUCAAACCUCUCAGUAGAACAAUUGCUUUUUCCUAAGUUUUUACUGAAAUGGUAUGAAAAUAAAUGAUUUCCCCUCUA